UCGAAUUGGGCUGCUGUCGAGCCUCCUCCUCCUCCUCCUCCUCUACGGUUUGCUUGCGGGGCAGAGAACUAAUCGUUUGCCUGGCUAGAAGCGCCAGGGCCGUCCUGUCCCCUUUCCUAGCCCAGGCAACUGGAAACUCUUGGAAGGAAGAUGGCGAGCGUUGGAGAUUUGCCUGAAGGGGUCUUGCUGGACGUGCUGUCUCUGGUCCCUUCGAAGGACCUCAUUUGCAACUGCAGGCUGGUUUGUUCCCAGUGGAGAGACCUGGUGGACUUGCCAAUUUUGUGGAAGCGCAAGUUCGAGCAGGAAGACAGUGCCUCCGACUGGAAGGAGUCCAAGAUCUUCUACAUUCUCUGCCACAUGGAGAAGAACUUAAUCCAGAAUCCUUGUGGCGAAGAAGGCUUGGACUCUUGGGAAAUCGAGGUUCCCCCAGAAGGCCAGUGGAAAACCGAGGAGGUCUCAGAAAAGGAUUCCUUGGAACUGGAAACAACUGACAUCCUUCUCAGAAAUAUUUACAUGAAAGAUGAGGAUAUACCCUAUCAGCACGUUAAGAAAUGCUUUGUGGCGUGCAACGGGCUCUGCGUCAAGAGUCAACGCAUCACUUUGAAGGAUCACGGCUAUUGGGAUCAACUGAUAGAUGAGAUCAACCCCACUAUUGUGGUGAAGGACUGGUAUUACUACACCCGUCAUUGCCUCUACCGCCUGUGCGUGAAGCUGUUGUCAGCGGACUUCAAAGUCCUCCAAGAAUAUUGUUCCGGAGAUGAGUACAAAUCUGAUUUGAAAGAUAAUGAAUGGCGUGAGGUUUCAUACACGUUUAACAGCUGCCCUGCCGGAGUCCGUCACGUCCUCUUCCAGCACCAGGGCAACUGGGAGCGACCUGGGAGCGGAAUGAGAAUGACCAAAAGCAGCCUUACUCUCGGGCCAUUUUCUUGCUACCAGUUCUUACGCCUUGACACCCGAAGAUCUAACAUCUGCGGCCUACGGUUUCAAACGUCUUCUUCCAACACUGAGCCCAAAACUAUAGCAGAAUGCCAGCUAGAAGCAGACUGAGAACGGCAGCAUCACCACUGGCCAGUUAUCAUUCUUCCUCCAUUUUGGAAAUCCAUCCUGUUAGGACUUCGGUGAACGUGCUUUGAUGCCACAGAAAUCCCUACGUCUGGUGAAAAGCACCUUCAUGCAUUCCUCGUUUCUGAUGUUCUCUGCUCCUCUUAAGAUGUCUGUCUGCAGCUGCUGCCUGUAUGCAAGCUGUGAAUGUUUUUGGAUAUUUAAACAAGACAAAGCAA